AUGGCCGGUCUGAACGUGUCCCUCUCCUUCUUCUUUGCUACAUUCGCCCUCUGCCAGGCGGCCAGGAGGGCGUCCAAGGCCCUGCUCCCCAGGGGCGCCUACGCCCACUUUGUCCGGGAGGCGGCGGGCGCGGCCCAGCUGGGGGCCUGCUGCCUGGAGAUGCGCGUGUUGGUGGAGAUCGGCCCCUGGGCGGGGGGCUUCAGCCCUGAUCUGCUGCUGACCCUGCUCUUCCUGCUCUUCCUGGGGCACAGGGCCACCCUGGACGGGGCCUCGGCCAAUCCCACCGUGUCCCUGCAGGAGUUCCUCCUGGUUGAGGCCUCUCUGCCCAGCACACUGCUGAAGCUGGCGGCCCAGGCGCUGGGCAUGCAGGCGGCCGGCGCACUGACACGGCUCUUCUGGGCCUGGGAGCUCAGUGACAUGCACGUUCUGCAGAACCUCAUGGACCUGCACUGCAGCUCGGCCCUGCGCACGGCCGUGCCCCACGGCGCGCUGGUGGAGGGCUCCGGGGCCUUCUUCUUCCACCUGACCUUCCUCCACCUCCGAAACACCCUCCCUGUCUACAGGGUGCCGGCCGUGGCCCUGCUGGUCACCGUCAUGGCCUGUGCAGCUGGGCCCCUCACGUCCGCCUUCUUCAACCCCACCCUGGCUGCCUCGGUCACCUUUCACUGCUCGGGGCACACCUUGGUGCAAUACGCCCAGGUGUACUGGCUGGGCCCUCUGACAGGGAUGGUCCUGGCUGUCCUGCUGUAUCACGGCCGCCUCCCACGCCUUUUCCAGAGGAACCUGUUCUACAGUCAGAAGAACAAGUACCGAAUCCCCAGAGUGAAGCCUGCCCAAGGGCCUGGAGACACCCAGAGACCUGCGGAGGGGUGCAGGGGGCAGGGGCUCGGGCGGCAUGGGGUGGGCGGCAGCCGCUGA